AUGGAUGGUACUUCUUUUGAGCCUGAUCCCCUACUUUCUGAACACAAUGAUUUGCUUUAUCCAUCCCGGACCUUGGAUGGCACAGUUGUCUCAACUCUUGAAGAGUACUCUGCAGCACUUGACACUAUACGACGGAAAGAGCGUUUGAGGGAAGCAUGCAGCAACCUCCAUCUUUCAGUCCCUAAAAGUGCUAAUUUAGAGCGCCUUCGUUCAGCUCUCAAAUUAUACUGGUUUCCGCUGGAUAGCAGUGCCGAUACUGCACCUACUACUAUCAAUACUGUGAAUGAAGCCACCGAAAAUCAAGCUGACAUUGAAGAUCAACAUCUUUCCGCACAAUCCCACAAUAUCAUUGACGAUGGAGCUCUUAUUUCACACUUUUCGGUUGAAGGUGCAGCAGCUGAUGAAAUACUAGGAUACGACGAGGACAAUGAGUUACUUGAUGAGGAUGAUGAAUUUGGAGAAGAUCUCGACAACAAUGAAGACGACAUCAUGGAUACUAGCGAUGACUUUGAACAAUUUGUUACUCAGACACGGGUUGACGAGGCUAAAAGAUCGGAGAAAAAUCGACGAGCAGGUGGCGUAAAAACACAGUCGGCAGUUGUAAGAGACUGGAAGAUGUUUUGUCGCCAAGCAUUGGACAAGGGUGAAAUUCAAGAUGACAUAGUUGACUGUCAUCAUCUGCUCCUGUAUAUUCGACAUUCAGCAGAGCGUCCAAAGCGUACUCGCAAGGGUCUUGAUAUUCCGGGUACUUAUCUUGGUGCUUCCCAGUUGAAGAAACUCUACUUUGGUGCAUUACGGAUUCGAAAAAUGCAAGAGGCCCUCGAUCCAACACUUGAAAAAACUCGGCCCGCUAAGUCUAUUCACGUUUGGGACUGUAUAAAAGGAAGGAUGAAUGAAGCCUUAAAUCGUAGUCGAAAUGGCUUAAUUCCAGGAGAGGAUGCUCCUGAUAUUGUUGCCAACACGUUUCUGGCAAGUGUAACCGAAGAGCAAAUGGCCAAAAUAGGUGGAGGGUUUUUGAUGCAUCGGGAAUACAAUUCACUUUGGGUUGAGCUUGAUGAGAUCUUCCAAGUGCGAUCUGUCAUUAAUGGACAUCUUGCAUGGGCAGCCCAAAAUGCUUCUGGGAAUCGAGGAGACGACUUUCGUGCACUCAAACUUGCGGAACUACAACCAUAUGUUUUUCUUCACCCCAAUAAAGAAACUGCAGUUGAAUGUGUCCUGGGACUUCAAGGCGAAGAGAAAGCUGCUGCUAACCGUGGAUUGCGUACAAAAGUUAAUCCGGUUUACACAGUAUUUAUUGCACAUAAAGAUCCAACAAUAUGCCCGCUUGGUGCCUUUGCGUUUUAUCAUCAUUUCAUCCAUGAUGUAAAGAAGCUUACCGAAGAACUUGAUGUUGAUUGGUCAAUCAACAAAAGUUGGAGACAAGUCCGUGUUUUGCAUGGCAAGACUUCUCCAACAACCCCUUACCACGAACAGAGUUUGUAUAACCUUUACGUCAAGGCCUUCUCACAGGCCAAUUUUAUUUCAAAAAUCAAGGCUCACCUUCCUCGCCAUAUUCUUGGUUAUAGCCAAGAGAAGAUGGGCGUCGAUGGGGUACACACAUCAAGAUUGGGAUGGGUUCGUGGUGAAACAUACUUUGAUACAUACGCUCCAGCAAUUCCAAAAGAGGCCGUUCUCGGUGCUCAUGGAUACAAAACACAUGAAGUAUAUGACCCUCUGUGGCGACGUGUCCAUGUUCCAGAGGCAUUUUUAAACUUGGUAUGCCCUAUCGCCGAGGAUAUUCAUGCCAAAAUUGUGGGAAGAGCCAAUUUGUCGGGUGCAGCCAAUUAUUGGGCAAUGUGUGGUGCUGCAAUUUACCAGAAGUAUCCUGAAUCCGCAUUAUUUCGGCUUCCAGCUUUAGCAAAUCCCCAGGUCCAACACUGGAUGAAAACCGAGUAUCCAACAAGCCUUGCUCACUUACAAGCUAACGCAGGAAGUACAGUGGAUUUGGAACGUAUACAAAACAACCUUCUUCGCCUAUCUCUUGAAGAAAUGAGGGCGCUUUUAGCAACCCAGGCAGCAGAAUUGAAGGAAAUGCGUCUUUUAAUUCAGCGCCGUACUGAUGUUCUUUCUCCAACCAAGGGAUUCUCAAAUUUGUCAUAUCAACAUAGUUUAAACGUCUCCAAAGUCCCGCAACCUGUAUUUACGCUAGCUGUGCCAGAGAGUCCACUGGCUAACAAAUCUGCCGGUCAUAGUGCUACUAAAAAUAGCGAUGAUACGGGAAUUUAUGUUUUGAAUGCUCCAAAUGAUAGCAAACAACCGGGAAGCCCACUUCGCGCCUUUGCAAAUGGAUCACCAAAGGUUUCUUCUGAAUCCCGUUCGCGGACACAAGUUGAUCUUGUAUUGCCCCAUGUUGACGCUUUCUCAAACCCUGGUGGACCACAACUGUUUUGGCCGCCUGUUCUUGGUCAGAAAUCAGUGACGUGGGAGCAAGUCUUUAGACUUAUCAAGCGACCCGAACUGUUAUGGGAUGCAUGGUGUCCAUCAAAGACCCUUAACAAAUAUACACUCAAUGAACAGUGGACAUGUUACAAUUCUGGCGAGCCGGUUUUUAAUGCUUCGGGUACUCAGACAGGUAUCAAGCCUCCACUUCAGCAAGUUGAGCUGCACUUUCAGUCAGCAUGGCGAACUAAACCAGCAGCACGUAAGGCGUGGCAGCGCUUUCGCGAAAUUCCGGAGUUUAUUCAUUCCGAGUCUACUUUACGUGGUGUAUCCCCACAAAUUGUAAUCGAAGAGCUUGAAAAAUCUGCUACAGGGGGCAAUGGCAGAGUGAAGGGACUCUCAGCAAUCACUGAUGAAAUCUAUGCACAACGCAUAGCAAAGGCGCAAGCAUCAAAAGAUACAAUCAAAGAAGCGGAAAGCAGGAUCUCAAUUCUCUCUACUGCUCUUGACCAUCGAGAGAGUUCCGGAAAAAUUGCGAUGAAGCUUGGGGUUGAUAUAAGCACACUUAUGAGCGAGUGUGUUGCAGCACUACAGGGACCAACAAUCAGUGGCCAAUUCUAUGGCGGUGCACUGCACAUUCUAUUCAUGAAAAUGUGUGAAUUCAUCAAAUAUCCCUUGACUCUAGUAUUUGUUUAUGAUGGCCCUGGUCGACCUCUCAUAAAACGCGGGACUAAUGUUCGUGUAAACCAAAGCCCAUUUUGGACCAAUCCAUCUAAAGAUAUCAUUCGGGCAUUCGGAUAUCACAUACACCAGGCGCCCGGAGAGGCUGAAGCGGAAUUAGCUAUGCUAAACCGUAGAGGAUUGAUUGAUGGAAUCAUCACUAACGAUAGUGAUGUUUUUGUCUUUGGCGCACAAACAGUAUACCGCACCAUUCCAACCAAGGAAAGACAUUUUGAAGAUGAAAUGAUUGCCUACACGUACUCGCAUCUUUUGGAUUUAGGAUUAACAUCCGGUGGACUUGUUUUAUUUGCCCUAGUCUGUGGUGGCGAUUACGAUUGCGCGGGUCUCAAAGGAUUUGGGCCGUCCCAUGCACAUGCUCUUGCAUCGUGCGGAUUUGGGGAUCAGCUUGUCAAAGCAUUCCAGACGUUAAGCGGUGUUGCUCUUCAGGAUUUUCUCAACCACUGGCGCACAGAAAUCAAGCAUGAAUUAUUGACAAAUUCCCAUGGCCAUCUACAUAGCCGUUCACCUGUCCUGUCCGAACGUCUCACAGAAUCUUUCCCCGACCUUGACAUUCUUGAUCUUUACUUGAAUCCACUAACUUCUGCCCCAGGUCAAAAAUUUCAACCGUGGAUUUUACAAGAGCCAUCAGUUCCCGGCCUAAUUGAUGUUUCGUCGACACACUUGGGAUGGCGAUCCGAGGAUGUACUCAGGAAAAGGUUCAAAGCCAAGGUUUGGGAGGGUAUUUUUCUUCAAAUGCUUUAUUCUCCCCUCAUAUUAUACGACUCUUCCCGGAAACUUUUCGCUACGCCAAAUACCCAAGCUUUGGUUCUGACCUGUAAAUUGCUCAAGCGCAAAGGCUGUGUACAACCCAACGCUUCAGAGUUACAUGCCCGAUUGCUUGUGUCGGCUCAGAACUUCGUCACAUUGAUGGGUUUCCACUCAAACCAAUCCAAUGAGGUUGACCAAUUUCGAGUCUGGGUUCCUCGGAGUAUUUUGCCCCAGGAGUUACAUACUACAGUCGAAGGUUCUCAAUCCGUAACAAGAAUGAAGAUAAAUCCCAGUCGAAGGCGCAGACCCAGCAGCAGCAGCUCCACGAUGGAAGAACAAAACAAUUCCAUUCGGCAUUUUGAGGUCAUUGAUUUGACUGACGAGACCGAGGUCUCGAACAUUCAAUCUACAUCCAAUGUUAUUGAUCUGACUCAGGAUUAA